CCUGCUCGGAAGUUCGCGUCCCAUCUACCCUCUUUGGCCGCUGCUGACAGCUUCCACCCCAGUGACAGUGCUCAUUCUAGUUAUUCAUCAUACUAACCGGUGGAUGGGCGCACCUCGCUGGCUGUAGUCAGGAAGAGGCAGCUUAAGCAAGAACUGUGAGAAGCGUAGUGACUGUACAGCAACAGAUAAGAAAUCACCGAGAAAGACAGCAGGGUUGCUUAAUACAUGUGCCGAGACAUUAGGGAGAGAGCGACGUUGCAGACAGGUGCUUUUUUGACGUGCCGGCGUCGUGCCUCAGGUAACGCUGACACCUCUGCCGCCCACACGCGUUCGAGCCGCUGCCCCUCGUGUUCCCUUUUGUCACACUCUUGUUUCCUCUCAGGCGUGCACGCCGUCUCCCUGUGAAGUCAUGUCAAGCACCGAGGAGGUUCCUGCGUUUUUCAAAAACCUAGGCUCAGGCAGCCCUAAACCGCGACAGAAAUUUUGUGGCAUGUUUUGCCCCGUGGAAGGCUCCACGGACAACAAGACACUCGAUCUGGACUCGCUGGCCGGGUCGAGGGGCAGCAGAGUCAUCGCCCAGCAAAGGGACAUCUGCCAGUCUGGCAGGCGGCUGGAGAUCCGUAGAGGCACGGGCAAGGAGGUCCUGCAAAAUCUCGGCGAGCAGAGUGACCGGCUUUUGAUCAAAGGGGGUAAAAUUGUAAAUGAUGACCAGUCUUUUUACGCUGACAUUUACAUGGAGGAUGGCCUAAUCAAACAAAUUGGUGAGAACUUGAUUGUCCCCGGUGGAGUGAAGACCAUCGAUGCUCAUGGCCGCAUGGUGAUACCUGGUGGGAUUGAUGUUCACACUCGUUUUCAGAUGCCUGACAGGGGCAUGACUGCGGCUGAUGAUUUCUUCCAGGGGACUCGAGCGGCACUUGCGGGUGGAUCUACAAUGUUCAUUGACCAUGUCGUUCCUGAGCCUGGUGUUAGUCUCAUUUCUGCCUUUGACCAAUGGCGUGAAUGGGCCGACAGCAAGUCUUGCUGUGAUUAUUCUCUUCAUGUGGACAUUACUGAGUGGCAUAAAGGUGUCCAGGAGGAGAUGGAAACACUGGUUAAAGAUCAUGGUGUAAACUCCUUCCUUGUAUACAUGGCGUACAAGGAUGUUUUUCAGCUUACAGACUCUCAGAUCUAUGAAGUGAUGAGUGUGAUACGAGACCUGGGAGCAAUUGCACAAGUCCAUGCUGAGAAUGGGGAUGUUAUUGCAGAGGAGCAACGUCGCAUUUUAGAGCUUGGAAUUACUGGUCCAGAAGGUCAUGUACUGAGCCGGCCAGAGGAGGUGGAGGCAGAGGCAGUAAAUCGAUCUAUAACCAUUGCCAACCAGACUAACUGCCCCGUCUACAUCAGCAAGGUGAUGAGCAAGAGUGCAGCAGAUGUCAUCGCGCUAGCUAGGAAGAAGGGUUCUGUUGUAUAUGGAGAGCCCAUUACUGCUAGUCUUGGAACUGAUGGAUCACACUACUGGAGCAAAAACUGGGCAAAAGCAGCUGCUUAUGUCACCUCUCCACCAUUAAGCCCUGAUCCAACCACCCCUGAUUAUCUUAAUUCUCUGCUAGCCUGUGGUGAUCUGCAGGUUACUGGCAGUGCCCACUGCACUUUUAACACAGCACAGAGAGCUGUAGGCAAAGACAAUUUUACACUUAUUCCAGAGGGCACUAAUGGAACAGAGGAAAGACUAUCAAUUAUUUGGGAUAAGGCUGUGGUUACAGGUAAAAUGGAUGAGAAUCAGUUCGUAGCUAUUACCAGCACCAAUGCUGCAAAAAUCUUCAACCUUUACCCUCGCAAGGGACGCAUUGCUGUUGGCUCUGAUGCUGAUCUAGUCAUCUGGGACCCAGAUACUGUAAAAACCAUCUCAGCCAAGAGCCACAAUCUGGCUGUGGAAUAUAAUAUCUUUGAAGGGACAGAGGUGCGUGGUGCUCCUCUUGUUGUAAUCAGCCAAGGAAAAAUUGUUCUGGAGGACGGCACUCUACACACAACAGAGGGAAGUGGACGCUACAUUCCUCGUAAACCUUUUCCUGAUUAUGUUUACAAGAGGAUAAAGGCUCGUAGUAGGCUGGCUGAGCUGCGUGGGGUUCCCCGUGGGUUGUAUGAUGGUCCAGUCUGCGAUGUAUCUGUGACCCCAAAAACUGUGACACCAGCUUCCUCUGCCAAGACCUCCCCAGCUAAGCAGCAGGCUCAACCUGUGCGCAAUCUACACCAAUCUGGAUUCAGCCUUUCAGGGGCCCAGAUUGAUGACAAUGUUCCUCGCCGUACCACCCAGCGUAUUGUUGCCCCUCCUGGUGGUCGUGCCAACAUUACAAGCCUGGGAUAAACAUUCAUCUCCUGGCCCAUGGGGGCAUCAGAGAGGCAUGAUGGUCAUUGUGAACUGACCGGCUCAGUAGGCCCCCUAAAUUUUCCCUUAAAACCUCCCACCAAUGAUAGCCCAUUUUUCAGUCUUGCACUGAAAAACCAACUAACCUAAAAAAAAAAAAAAUUGCCUCAUAAACAUGAAACUACAUGUUAAGCACUCAAGACUGUAUUAUUUAGUGUUUAUAUUGUUUCCUAUUUUCCAUAGACCAUUUUUUUGUUUGUAUUUUUUUCUCCCAUUUUUUUAAAGGAAGAAUUAAGUGAAGUUUGACUUUUAGAGUAAUAGGUUUAAAUGCCAAUUAAGUGAAAAUUUACAUAGUAUUUUUAAUGUGUUGUGUGUGUAUGUGUAUAUAUACACAACCAUCCACUAAUUUGUUUUUUGAAAAUGGUCAUCUAACAUCUAAAUAUGCGAUUGCUAUAAAAUUUAAAUAAAAAUCUAAUCUGGUCAAAACCGGUUCAGUAAAACCUUGGCAAAUUGUAUCAUGGUUAAAUCAAGAUAAGUAUCCUGAAGUCAAGGGCAGAUGGCUACAGAAACAUAUUUAAAAUGUUUUUUGCAAUUAAAUAUUUUUUUUGUUGGUUGGUUCCUUGAGAAUCAAAAUUACAGUUAAUGGCAUACACAGUUUGAGGUUGCCUCUAGCUACUCCAGUGUUAAAGGAAAAAAAAAUAACCUUGUGCCUUCAGAGGACUUGAUUUUGAUUUCUGACUUAGACAGAAGAUAAAGGCACUUCAGUUUGGUAUUUGUGUGUACGUCUUUUUAAAACAUGUCCAGCACUGAGUGGAAUAAACACCACAAGGAUUUCUGUUGAACAAGACUUUUUCUAAGCCAAAUGUCUCAGGCCACACCCAGCAUGGGGGGGGGGGGGGUAAGAACAACAAUGCAGCAUUUAAUAAAUUUAUCUGGAGGAAGGUUUUGAGGUCAUGCCUGUUUGCGACCUUUUUCAAAAUUAUCAUGUGCUUAGGCAGUGCAAAAUAUUUUCUCAAAAGAGCCAUGAAGUAUCUUCCUUAUUUAAUUACUUUUACAACAAAUGCUGUAGUCAGCACCUUUCUGUGUAAAUACAUUGCCGUUAUGAUUUUGGAUGUCAUUUUAUCACAACUGGGGACCUUUCAGAUCCUUCCUCCCAUCAACUAACAUGCAUGUUGCAUCGUACGAAACAGUGCAGAAGCAAAGAUUUCUGUUACAUUCACUGUAUGACUGCCAUCAAGUUAUGGGUACACCAUUAAUUUUUGAAAUGCUGCAAAAUCUUACCUUGGUCACAUUCUGUGCCCUCUCUUACCUGAUGGGUUCCUGGCUCAUACAAAGGUCUUAUGCAAAUAACAUCAGCUAAUUGAUAAUGAGAUAUAGCAAAAUUAUUUAUGUUCUCUGCUUCUUAUUGUGUUCAGCAGAUCCUUGGAAUCAUAAUGUCUUUCAAUCAUGCCAAUUAAAUAUUCUACAUUUAGAAGCAAAUUAUACAAACAAUUAUCUGAAAGCAAGAUUGGUGUCCACUUCUGUAAGGCACAUGAUGUUUAUGCUACAUGCUGUUAUUUUGUUAUUUUUUUUGUAAACAUUUUGUUUAACCUUUCUGUAUAAAGUUUAUUUUUAUGAAUGUUAUAUUUAUACUCUUACUUAAUCGUUAAAAUUGGAGGCUCUUAUGUGCUCAUUCAAGUGUUUCUGCUAGUAUUAAUUUAACUCAUAGAUCUGCUUCCCAUUAACAAGUAAAGGCAGCAGAGUGUUGGCUCGUUCUGACCUGGUAUUGUAGCCACGCGGUCAUAAAUUCAAUGUUCUUUGCUUUCCAACCUUGCAGCAGAAACAGUUGGUGAUUUAUUAUAGAUUUUUAAAAAAUAUUAUUUAUGACCUGGUAUUUUGUUUACUUGGCGGGAAUAAUACAGUGUAAAUAUUGCAGCGUUUUUUUUUUUCAUUUUUUGCAGUCAUAUCAGGCAGUAUAGCCUCAAAAGGAAAAUUGCUUAAUAGUGCAGGCAUUUAUUUAAAAAGAAAAAAAAAAUUGUUAAAAAGUAAAAAAAAAAAAAAAAAAAAAAAAAAGACAGCCAUGAGGAGACCACUCUAAAUGCUUUAGGUGAAGUGCAUGGUUAUUGAAGAGUUAAAAGCAACUACCCCAUCUGAGUAAGUGAAUCUACUGUUCUUCAGUUUUGACACUAAACUUGAUCCUUUCCAAUCCCAGCACUAUAUGGCAAUUUCUUUUAAGUACUUUCAGACUUACUUCCAAUUUCUGUAAUUUAAUUGUUGCAGAGAGGAGAUAUAGCAAAGAAAGAGAAGCGCGUCUCUGAAGGGAUAGCCGUCUGAGGGUCCUCAGGGUAAAGUACCAGUCUGGCUAGUCUUACAGGUACAUCACUUCCAUUCUAGAGGUUUUGCUGUUGCUAAUAUUAAAUAUCAUUCAAUUUAUGUCAAAGGUUUGUGCAUUAGGGUCAAUUUGAUGUGUUUAACUUAAGAAUGAAUUCACUUUAGUCUUCCUUUCAUUCUUUUAAACCAUGUUUUUAUUUAAUCCAAUUAAAGAUGAAACUUAAUUUUACACAAUGAAGCUAAGAAUAUUGUAUUGGCUGUUUGGUUAAGUCUUGUGUUUGCUUGCUUAGUGUUAGAGUAUACAAAUAAAUGACCAAAAAGCCUGAACUAAAGAGGGUUAAAAUAGACAGGAGUCAGCAUGGAUUGAAAUGUUGUCAGCACAUCGCCGUCUUCUUGGGUAAUGUUAGUCUCAGCCUUUUGGGACAGGAUGGGAUUUGUUAACUUUUCCACUCUUUCUCAUUUUGGCGGCCCGACUGCCAUAGCAACAGUAAUGCUGAACCAGUGGUUGUCAUAACAUCUGGCCUGACUGUGUGUUUGUCAUGACAACUGCUUUGGAGUAGGAACUCUCUUGGCAACAAGCGUCUUUUGUCAGAAUAAGUGUUGAAACUCUCAGUAGAAUCUGGGGUGAGCAAGUCUGUACCAAGCCUGUGAUUGUGAUCAGAUUAAAUAUUUUGUUGCAUUGAUGGUAACCUGGAAGUAAUCUCAUUCUUGAAAGCCAUUAUCCUAAUGUUUUGGCACAUAUGUUCGUAACAUUUGCUUUGCCUAAUUUUUUAAAUCUUAAAAUGAUGCAUUUUAGUUACUUUUUUUUUGUAAUCUUAAUCUAAUUCUACCAAAGUAAAUUGCAUGAAAAUUAAUAACAGAUAUAUAAUAGGGUGCCAAAAUAUACAAAAUGGUUAUGAUGACUUAAGUUCUGGAUAACCCUGAAAGAAAAAAAAAAAGAAAAAAAGAUUGUUCAGAUCUCCUGACUGAUGCAAUAAAAUACAAAAAAGUGAUAAAUGGAAAAAAAAAACAACUUAGGCCUAGUGUUUCCUAAGUUACGUUUCACUUUAACAUGUUUUUUAUUGCUUAUCACUUUGAUCUGUUGGCCUGCUCUUUCUGCCCCAAGUUUAAAAAAAAAAAGAAAAAAACGAUUGUGUGUUGUAUUCACUAAAUGCUCUGAGAUGCUGUUGUUCGUUCUUAAUUCUGCAGGUCUUGGCUCUUAUGUUCUGCACUUGUGUGUAAUGUAAGCAAAGUACUGAAUGAGAGAAGCCCUUGUGUUUUUUUUUUUUUUAUUUUUUUUUUUUUUUGUUUUUUUUUACACUUUUUUAUUUUUGAACCUUUUAUUGUAAAAGUGAAAUUGUCAAUGGUGUAUGUAUGUAGGCUUGAGGAUGCUUUUUUUGUUAAAAGGAAUCAUUUGGUGGUUACCUCUGAAGAAACUCGAUCUGGGGAGACCCGCCAGCUACCUUCAGUCUGUUCGUCUAAAAUAUGAAACUAAUCUUAUGUUACACCUAACAUGAGAACUCAUAAUAAAACCUGGUGUUGUUUCA